AACACCAACCUCUUGUCACAUCCAUCAGAUCAGACAGCUACGAUGAAGGAGACAAUGAAAGGGAGUGAGAAGACCUCGAUCAUUUCGGUUGAAGCACCAAGACGGCGCCUGAGCUUCUGGAACAAGUUCUUCUUGUCUACCAUCUUCUUUUCCCUGCUCAGCUUCUUAGCUGCUAGGACGUACAGUCUAUCUGAGUUCCUCAUAUACUCCCCUUAUAGGUCAUGCUCGGGAACCAAAUUAUCGGUCGAGCAGCAGGCACGAAAGAUCCUAGAAGACAAUCCCCUCAUUGAUGGUCAUAAUGAUCUUUUGAUUGGUAUUCGUCAAUUCUACAAGAAUCGCAUAUAUGGCGACGACUUCACUCAAAAAUUCGAAAAUGGCGGCUUCAUGAGUCACGUGGAUCUCCCACGUCUCGAUCAAGGACUCCAAGGGGGAGCAUUCUGGAGCGCCUUUAUGCCGUGCCCGAUAACCAGUAACGGAACCGAUUUUUCUGAUGCUCAGUACGAACCCAUCGUUCACGCCACUCUUGACGCUCUGGAUCUAUUUCAUCGCCUGGGCGAGCGAUACCCAAAAUACUUUACCCCAUCGUCAACCCACAAUGAGGCGCUUGAAGCUUUCUCAGCGGGUCGACUCAUAUCUCCAGUCAUCAUCGAGGGCCUCCAUCAAAUCGGAAACUCCAUCGCGAACCUCCGACUCUUCCACCGCCUGGGCGUACGCUACGCAACACUGACAUGGAACUGCCACAACAAAUACGCCGAUGCAGCCCUCGAAUCAGACGAACACUUCAACGCCCGCAUCGCAACCCCGCACUGGCACGGCCUAAGCAAAGACGGCCGCGCCCUGGUCCUCGAAAUGAACCGUCUCGGCAUGAUCGUCGACCUCGCACACGUCAGCGUCGACACGAUGCGGGACGUCCUAAUCGGCUCCUCCAAAACCCCCCGUCCAGCGUCGAAAGGAGAAAAAGAAGUCGAGGGGCAUUGGGAAGGCAGUAUCGCGCCUCCAAUCUUCUCCCAUUCCUCCAUCCACGCGAUAUGCCCCCAUCCCCGCAACGUUCCCGAUGAGAUUUUGCAUCUCGUCCGCGCUCGUAACUCCCUCGUCAUGAUCAACUUCUCCGGCUCCUUCAUCGCGUGCGAGUACCCACCUACUGCUGACCCAGCCACCGACCUUCCCACCACGGUACACGAGAAUGCCACGCUCGCGCAAGUCGUGCGGCACAUCAUGUAUGUGGGUGAGCUCAUCGGGUACGACUACGUAGGUAUCGGAACUGACUACGACGGUAUUGAGGAAACGCCUGUAGGGCUGGAGGACGUGAGUAAGUUCCCGGACUUGGUCGCGGAGCUGUUACGGCAGGGGGUUAGCGAGGCAGAUGUCAUCAAGGUUGUAGGUGGGAAUUUGUUGAGGGUUUGGAAGGAGGUAGAUGCGGUCAAGGAGAGGUUGGGAAGGGAAGGGGUUUUGCCGUUGGAGGAUGUCAUUAGUAAUCCUUGGGGGAUAAUAUAGACGACAAUUAUCAGAAGUGAAAGAUGAAGCAGAUAUUAGAAGGGGAUGGGUUGGUCGGCUGUCAGUGUGGUUUUACGCUAUAUUUAUUACGGAACAUGAGUUUGGGUGACUGAGGACUUGAAUUGCUUGUGGUUGGAGUGGGUAUGGCACGGAACGUCUCUUGAAGCGGGUUAUAUCGCAAUCUUUCAUCAUAUGUACCCUCUCUACUCCUUCUUGCUUCAUCUCGAUCAGAGCUCUUAGAAAGAUGAACAAGAAGACACACCCGAUGUUUGAUUCGUGUAUAUAUACGGCAAAACGGGGAAGCCUUGCAAGUGUUCAACCGUGGGGAUGCACAUGCGAAUUGAAGAGUCAGCUUUGUCACGUGAUGCGCGUCCUACCUCAAACUGUUCAUGUCACCUACCUAAGUAGACACCUUGUACUUUGUGCUUGUGCUCUGUGCUCGCAGCAUCUCGCGCCGUCAAUCGUCUGGUGAUUCACGUCAACAAUAUCUGGCUCAAGUAGUAAGACCAACAGAGGUUACUGCAUGAGUAAAACAUUGGUAUACUUCUACUAUGGGGACAUCAAACUUAGCUUACUCAGGCAUUGAAGUUGAUAACCUCUUAGUGCCAAGGAUACAGCUCAGUUUAUUGGACCAGGUCAACGUCAUAUCAAAAGCAUGAAUGAGCUCUAUAAAUUCACUGCUGCCAAUACUCUCUGGUGCAGACUGAGAAAACUCUCCACCAAGCGGACUAAUUGUCGCCGGCUCUACGGUGUAGUUACUCUGUCCACGGUUAAAUGAAAUCUGCUCAAUCCCAUUUUCACUAUCAAGUCUUCCGAGCACAUUCCUCAACUUCGUCUGAUGACAUCAAAAUAUACCACUCAACACGAGGGGUAGCAUUCCUUCUUCGGAGGAAAUCCCCAAUUGGGGGAAUAACAUUAGUCUGAUAUGUGUGAAUAGAUGCAGAGCUGCGUGCUCGAAAUGCUUGGUUUUGAGACGUGAUAUUGAUCUCGUUACAAUCAGCCGAUGAUCGACUUCGAAAACUUCC